AUGCCAGGACAAUCGACAAAGUCAGAAGACUUCGGUGGCGAAUCAGAGCCUUAUCCCGACUCAUUGUGGGAAUGGCUCUCGGAUGAAGGGUCGAACAAUCGCACUCGGCCUGCGUUCUAUGCGUACAAUGGUCAAACGAGAGAGGUCACAACAUCUCUGGAAUAUGGAAAACUUCUUGACCGCGUUGAGAUACUAGCUGGUGCGUGUACCAGCUCCGGAAUUGCAGCUCGCGACACGAUUCUUGUCAUCCUGGACAAUUCCGCCGCAGAAUACUGGACCGUAUUGUUUUGGCUGGCAGUGAGACUGGGUUUAGCGUUCGCGCCUCUGGAUACCAGUAUCUUCAGGCGACCCGAAGAGCUCCAGUCCAUGGUCGAGUUACUCGAGCCGAAGGUAGUUGUAGUGCAGCAUAUGGACUGCGCUCGGGAAUGGGACAAAAUGGCAUUCGAACAAACGCCAGUGUUGCGGCUCGUAUGUGAGACGCCGACUGAGCAGUCUCCGACCUGGACAAUACUGGAUACAUUGGGAGCCGCGAAAGAAUCCGCACCUUAUCCGGAAGUUCAUCUCGAUGAUGUUGCCAUGAUCGUCAACACGAGUGGGUCCACAAAUCUGCCCAAAUGCUGUCCCAUAACUGUACGCAUGCUCAUCUCCGAGAUCCGGCAGUACCACUCUAUGCAUCUUUCGAGGUUCACCCCCUCGGCAAAGCAUCUUAUCUCAAUAUCGAUAUCACGUCCAAUCGCCUAUCUGGCGUGUGUUAACACCUGGAGAGGAGGUGGCGCGACAGUCUUCGUCAGCGGAGGUUUCGAUGCCAACACAACUUCUGCAGCAAUUCAGGAUCUGGCUUGUACACACGCAUGGUUUGUGCCUGCGAUGAUCAAUAUCCUACACGCUGCCAAGGAUCCCACCACUCUGGAAAGUCUCCAGACCGUGUUUAUGUCAGGAGACACAGCUGGCAAGGAGGCUAUUGAGAAAGCGAGAAGUCUGUUGCCUUCCGACUGCCAUAUGAUCCCGCAUUGGGGUAUGUCAGAAGGAGCUCCACUUUUUGGAUACACUAAAUCCGAGGAAAUCAGUUUCGAGAAGAGUUCGGCCAUUGCUGGCAUCGGACGUGCAUUACGUGGAACAAGAGUGCGGAUCUGCAAAAGCGGCUGCGUUUCAGUUGUUCCACAAGGAGAGCAGGGUGAACUCCAUGUCAAUUCCGAUUCAAUGAUAGACCACUACCUUGGGAAUCGAAGCGAAGAAGACUUUUACGAUGACGAUGCAGGGCGAUGGUUCAAAACGGGCGAUACUGCCGUUAUGGAUGCUUCUGGGAUCAUCUACAUCGUUGGCCGAACGAAGGAUAUCAUUGUCUACAGAGGCAGGAACAUUGUUCCCGCUGUGAUACAGAGACACCUUCAGGCAAAAUUUCCUGCAGAAUGGGUAGUCGUUGGACUCAAACAUGAGUUGAACGGUGAGGUACCUGCUGUCGUCACGAAGGAGCUCCCAACAACAAAAGACGAUGUACUAGGGUAUGCGAAGCACGCCAACAUCGAGGAUUCUCAUCUGGCAGGUGGAAUUCAUACAUUGAAAGAGCUGGGAUUUGAAGAUUGGCCUUACAAUGCGACUAACAAAAUACAGAAGCGAGAUUUGAUUACCGCCAUCGAGAGUAUGCGGUCGCAGAAUCGCGAGCAGGCGAUCUGAAACUACAACGCUAUACGAUUGUUUAUUGAGCGCGCUAGUCGAUGGUCGAAUUGAAGGAAGGACCGGCAUGCCUUACAAAGAGUGCCUUCUGUUGCCAUACACAUCUUCGAGUGCUUGCAACCGUCUAUCAUGGGAGGAUGAAGACGUGCACACUUUUUAGGGAGCAUGUCGCGACCACGCUGCAUGUCCACCAUCUGACAUCGCAUUCAGGGUGUCGCGCUUGGCGUCACGACUUCACCUUGAACUUUCCCUCUGCAUUUCAUAUCACAAC